CUGAGGGCUGGAGGAGUUCACUACCAAAAGAACAGCACGCGUGGUUAAGUCGGGUCCUUUUCACCAGGGGCAAGGACGAAAAGCCUGUGCUGACCUCCAACCUUCGCCUUUGGUGGCACCCUCCCGGCCCCCGCAACGUGUACCUCCAGCCCCCGACAUCGCCCGACGCCUUUUUUCAGCGCCCGUUUUUCCUGUGGAUGCCGUACCACAUGUGGGGCUACAAGCUGUCCUGCACGGCGUGCAGCCACAGGUUGUCGGGAGCCGGACUCUACAGGACCGUCCGGAGGGUCCUGGACACAGAUGGAUGGUACUUUAUGGCCACGGAGUACCUGGAGUGCCGGCGCUGCAAGAAGAAGGUGGCGGGCUGGUCGCAGGAUAUCUUGGAUCAGCUGCACUGCACCCAUCGGGAUCAGUUUCCAGCUAUCCUGACUUACAGAUUAUCCUGCGACAAAAAGCUGAUCGGGCAGAUGCGUGAGCGCACGCUGGGCAACGGGGCCACCCGGCUGCGCAAAUAUCUGCUCGAGGAGCACGGCAAGACCUGGUUGGAGCGGUCCAGACUGUUCAUGUUCGCGGUCACCAAGUUCAUUACACCGGGUGCCGAGGCACCUACGACUCCGCCUCUACCGCAGAUGACCCCGGUGCCCGGUACAAAGUGGUUGCUGUCCAUCUAUGCCAGGGUGGUGGCUUCGAGGCUAGAUGAGACCAAGGCCCGGAUCACCUCCAUCUUUGGCUCAAUCCUGAAGAUGGACUCAACAAAGAAGGUGAUCAAGAAACUAGCUGGUGCCACGGCAGGAACGGCAGCCUGGGUGACCAACGUGGGGAACGAGCACGGCCAGAUCUUGAUCAGCGUCCUCACUGCAGCCGAGGGCGCUGGCCUGCACCCCAUGGCCACCGGGCUGAUGCGGCGAUACCGUGAUGCCAGUGUGUCCCCGCCUCUGGUCCUGUAUGUGGACCGAGACUGCUGUUCCCACGGGGGACCCUGCAAGGUGUCCCUCUUAUUCAACCAGUGGGAUCAGCUGGUGGUGCGGCUCGACGUGUGGCACCUGAUGCGACGCUUUGCAGCGGGUGUCACCACGGAGAGCCACCCACUGUACAGCCUCUUCAUGGCGCGUCUCUCGUUCUGCAUCUUUGAGUGGGACCAGGGAGACGUCGCCAGGCUGCGACAGGCCAAGGCUGGCGAGGCCGGGGAACGAUCCCCGAGGCUCCGGCUACGGAAGGAUCCCACUAAAGGAGCUGGCCCGCAACUGCCGCCGCCGCACACGUGGGGCGGAGGAGACGGGCCGGCUCAUCGACGAGAUGCUGGAGGCCUUCGGGGACGCCACUGA